AUGAGCCCAACAAGCCAAUUCCCCAUCCUGGACUCCCACAUCCACCUCUUCCCAGCUACACACUUGGAAACCCUAUCCUGGCACAGCGACAACAACCCCCUCGGCGCACAGCACAGUAUAGACGAAUACAAAGCCGCCAUAAAAGCCAAUGAAUCAGCAGUGCGCGGAUUCAUAUUCCUGGAAACAGACCGUCUCUCCUCAAUCACAGAAACCCAAUCAUCAGAAUCAACCCCGACCUCCUCUCCAACGCACGGGUGGACCCACGCCCUUGAUGAAGUCUCUCUCCUCACGCGCAUAGCGCUAGGCGAGCCAAUCACCGGCGAGGGACACAGUCCAGCCGAUAAGGAUCUCGUCUGGGGAAUUAUUCCCUGGGCACCGAUUCCUGGCGGGGAAGAUGUGUUGUCCAAGUACAUGACCCAGGUCAAGGAACGGACGAGGACGGCUGAGGUUUGGGCGAAGAUUCGGGGGGUGAGGUAUCUUGUGCAGGAUAAGCCGGCGGGUACGAUGCUUCAGGAUGGGUUUGUCUCGAGUUUGAGGUGGCUCGGUAGGGUUGGGCUUACGUUUGAUCUUGGGGUUGAUGCUAGGUCUGGGGGCUUGGGGCAGUUGAGGGAGGCGGUUGAGAUGAUGGAUAGGGUUUAUGGGGUUGAUGAUGGGCAGGCUGUGACUAUUAUCAUUAACCAUAUGUGUAAGCCUAACCUCCGUUUGUCGUCUACUGAGGUCCGCUCUCAUCCCGAGUUUUUGGAGUGGAAUGAGCUUGUUUUGAGGAUGGCUCAGGCUCAUCCGAAAACUUAUAUGAAGCUGUCAGGGGCUUUUUCUGAGAUUGAACCAUUGGACGGAGAGUCGGAGCCUGAUUUCGAUGCUAUUGUUGAGCGUGUGCAGCCUUGGACAGAUGCUGUGUUUGAUGCUUUUGGGGUGGAGCGUGUGAUGUUUGGAUCGGACUGGCCGGUUUGUAAUAUUGGUGGUGGUGGAAAUGAUGUUUCUUGGGGGAGAUGGAAGCGGGUGGUUGCAGAGAUUAUAGAGCGGAGGGGUUUGUCUGAUGUUGAAAAGCAAGGGCUUUGGAUGAAGGUUGCAGAGGAUGCUUAUGGGUGUGGAAGCUUAGGUGUUUCCUUUUAA